AUGGUAAACCUUUUAAGUCUUAUAAAUGAUAAAUGUUUUUCUGACCAUUUUGUAUCCAUUUGUUUGGACUCGAGCUUGCAUCUUUUUCCAAGUUUGGCGAUCACUUUUGUUACCUCUCAUUUGUAUGCAACAUAUGUCACCCCUAUAAGUGGUCUUGUGGAGGAAGAUUCUCACAGUAAUACAUUUGGAGAUAAUGAUGUUGAAGGGGAAGAGGAAAGGUCAGUUUUCAGUGUAGAUGAUAGUCUUCGUUUGCUGAAUGAUACGGAGAUUGUGCAAAUGAAAUUUGUUUAUGAAGAAGAGGCUGGUCUAUUCUACAAUGCAUAUGCCAAGGCAAUGGGUUUUAGUAUACGCAAAUUUAAAAGUAAACCACAUAGAGGCAAUGAAGUGUAUGUAAAGUGGAGGGCUUGGGUUUGUUCUAGGAUAGGUAAAAGAAACAAGAAGCACUUAGAACGCACUGAACGGAAACGACGUCAUAGAGCUGAAACAAGAAUUGGUUGUGGUGCUAAAUUUCGGGUCUGUUGUAAGAGCAAUACCAUCCAAAAUUAUGUUGUUACAGAGUUUGUGAGUACCCACAACCAUCCCUUAGCAGCACCGCAUUGUGUUCCAUUUCUUCGAUCGCACAGACACAUGGGUGAUGCAGAUGUAGCUCAAGUAAUGGCCAUGCGGAAUGUAGGCAUGAAGCCAUCCCAAAUUAUGGACAAUAUGACAAGGCAGUCGGGGGGUUUCCAAAAUGUGGGGUUCACUUACACCGUUGAUGAGGAUGAUCGGUUGGAGAAACUCUUCAGGACAGAUGAGAGGUCUCAGAUGGAUUAUACCGCAUUCAGAGAUAUGUUAGUUUUCGACACGACCUAUUGGACCAAUGUUUACAAGAAGCCAUUUGUCAUAUUGGCGGGUGUGAGUAAUAACUUUAUGACGACCAUAUUUGGCUGUGCGUUGUUGUUGAAGGAGACAGAGGAGACGUACAACUGGGUUCUUGCAACGUUUUUGGAGGCCAUGGAUGGUAAACGGCCCAUCUCUGUGGUCAGAGAUGGUGGUUUUGUGAUGCGCAAUGCAAUUAGGAACAUUUUCCCAGAUGUAAGGCAUCGCUUAUGUUCGUGGCAUUUGGAGCGAAAUGCCGCUAAAAAUGUUCAUAGGCCGGAAUUCGUGUUUGACUUUACCAAGUUGAUUCAAAUGGAACGUGAGGUUGAAGAAUUUAAGAGUCUUUGGGCUAACUUGCUUUCACACUAUGGCCUAGAGACAAAUGAUUGGGUGCUAGAGAUGUAUAGGGGCCACGAAAGAUGGGCGGAGGCAUAUCUCCUCGGCCAUUUCUUUGCCGGGAUGAGGACGACUCAGCGAUGUGAAGGUAUGAACUAUUAUUUGAAUCAGUUCUUAAAAGUACGGCCACGACUUUUUGAAUUUGUCCAACAGUACCACCGUGGUUUGGCUAGGAUGCGAGCUGCCGAAGCAGGGGCUGAGACAGUAACGAAGCACAGUACCCUUGUCUUGAUCACGCAAUUGAAAAGCUUAGAGAAGAACGGAACCGAGGUGUACACACGAUACAUAUUUAGAUUGUUUCGGGAUGAAAUACAGCUCACGUCUGCAUUGAUUGUGGCGCGUCGCGUUGAUGAGGUGGAGUGUUGGUUGUACUUUAUUGAAAUGUACUCCCAUCUAGAAUCCAAUUGGACGGUUGAGUAUUAUCCAAUUCGUAGCAAAAUGAAUUGUUCUUGCUUGAUGUUUGAGUCAUUCGGUCUACCUUGUUGCCACAUGAUUGUGGUCAUAAAAUAUGAACAUAUAUCGACCAUUCCCCCAAGUUUAGUCAUGCGAAGAUGGACAAGGUAUGCUCGGCCUGCAGCCCAACAACCAAAUGUUGGCCAAAUCUCUCGCACUAUAUCCCACAUGGCUAGGUAUGGGAUAUUGAGUUCGGGUUACAAAUUGAUGUCAUUCUAUGCGUCGCAUGCCCAGAACUCAUUUGAAGAUACUAGGCAAGUGGAGCACGAAAUGACAUCCUAG